AUGGCCAACAUUCCGACAUUCCUCCGAAGCGAUCCCAAACUGAUGCCAAUCAACGACUGGGAGAUGCAGUUCUUCGGCAAAUUGAAGUCAUAUCUGAAUUUAGUUAAGGAUUACGAAGACCUCGCCCUCCAAGAGAUGGCCAGAAGUGUCGUCCCGUGGAAACAGCUGACCAUCGAUGCCAUCAAUCAAAUGCUUCAAUUGAAACAAACGCUCAAAAGCGGCGAUCAAGACAUCGGAACCGAUAGCAAAGACAUACUUCUUGUCGAUUUGAUCCACUGGUUUAAGAAUGAGUUCUUCGAGUGGUUUGAUUCAGCCGUUUGUGACAAAUGCCAUAAAAAGACCAAAAGUGUCCGAAAUGUGAGUCCAAUCGGCGAAGAAGUGAAAUGGAAUGCAAUGACAGUCGAGUUGUAUGAAUGUGAAGAUUGCGGACAACACUAUCGGUUCCCGCGCUAUAACAGCGCCGAGAAGUUGUUGUCGACUCGUAAGGGGCGGUGCGGCGAAUGGGCCAACUGUUUCACACUGUUGUGUCGGGCGUUGAACUUCGAGUCACGACUAGUGGUGGACUGGACUGAUCACGUGUGGACCGAAGUGUACAGCAAUGCCCAGAAGCGAUGGCUUCAUUGCGAUCCGUGCGAAGGUGUCUGCGAUACGCCACUCGUCUAUGAGUGCGGAUGGGCUAAGAAACUGACAUUUUGUGUCGGCUUUUCGGCCCAUGAGGUGCAGGACGUGAGCUGGAGGUACAGCAAAGACCACUCAGCGCUCCGCCAGCGAAGGGCUCUUCACUGUCGCGAGGAAUGGGUGGCCGAUGUGUUGACCAAAAUCACGCACAACUUGGAGCUGGCAUUCAGUCCGCAAUUGAAAGAGCAGUUGAGACUCAGACGACUCCUAGAGUGGGUUGAGUUCUUACGGGUUCCCAAUCAGGACUCAGCCCUCAAAGUCGACGAAUCUAAAGGCAGACAAUCGGGUUCUCAGGCGUGGCGUUUGGCCCGACAGGAGAUCUCCGGCCAACAGCUGUCCGACAAUUUUGCGUUUGAAUUGAAGGACAAUAAUACGAACCCAACGCUAAUCACGUACAACAGCGCCGCCGAUGAAUAUAAAUUCAACGCAAAGACAUUGAAGACGUGGCAGAAGUGUGUCUUCGAGAGCGUGAAUGUGAUGCGAAAAGUGGAGAAAGACUGGAAGAUGUGUUACCUGUCGCGCAACGAGACCAACGAUUGGACGCCAGAGAAGGCGGGAAUCGGCAAAAUAAAGUGGAAAUUGAAAUUUGAUAGUCAUUUGCAAUGGAGUGAAAUUCGGAUCACAAUUAAGUGCAAUGUGUUUGAAAACGGCAACAUUGGGUUACGGCUGUACACAGACUCAAAACCCCAACAAAACUAUGCCAUUAAACNUCACAUAAUGAACGAAUAG